AUGGCCGCCGAGGGUAAUGGGGGGGGGGACAUGGUCCCUGGAGUCUCGGAAGACGCGGGAUCAAAUUUGGCCACCGCGCCAUACUCGAUCUACCUCGUGGUCGCCCCACAGACUGCACUGCACCAAGGUAAUGGAUGUUGGAAAGCAUCCAACACAUUAUCGGGUGAACGGUAUGGGGGCAGCCUGAGAGAUGGAAUAGGAGAAGGGGAUGAACAGAUAGGCCAGAGGAAGGGGUUAAUGCCCAGGAGCCAGUGGGAGCCGGCGGGAGCCGCAGGGGGAAGGAGCUCAGACACAUGA